AUGCCUUUAAGUUCAGAUAAAUCGUUUAAUGAUGAUUUUAAUGAAAUAUUUGAUAGAAGCUGUUCUGUUAAAAGUGUUUCUGAUGAAAGUCCAUCAAGUGACGACGAUGAUAAUUUAUCACAAGAAUUACUAAACAAGUUGACACCGACAGUGCUCAGGAAACUAAGAAAAUGCUUCAAUAAAGCUAAGGAAAAGCGAGCGAGGGAUCUCGACAAAAAAGUGGAGGAAGUGAUGCGUGUUGCAGCUGCAGAAGAGGGGAUAGAGUUUCCUGCGUGUGCGCAGACCAGCGAGGAGCAAGUGUACUUGAAUGAAAGCGGUUUUGUAUCCGCGGUGAAUAGCAUAAUGGGCAACCACAAAUACAGUCCCCACGCGCGCACCCUCUACCACGCCCUCGACAGGUUCCGCACGGGGCGCGUGUCGUGGGGCCAGCUGGUCGCGCGCCUGGUCGCGGGCGGCGCGCGCGCAACCGCCUCGCGCGCUGAUACGUGGCGCCCGCCGCUAGAUGGCGGUCGUACUGGGGAAGGCACCGCACCGCAAUGGAAAAUCGGCGUGAGCCGGAGGCUCCUAUCCAUUUCCUUACCCUUCUUAGUUGUUUCCUUCAUUUCCUCCUUUCAUUCUUUUCUCUUGAUACUCUUAAAUAGUACUGCCACUUUUCCGCAGGAUGUAUCUUGCAUAGUUUACUCUGCUUCCGACCGCAGUAUCACCAUUUACGAUGUUUCGACUACCACACAUACACCUCUGUACUGUAUAACUGGAUUCCCCUAUAUACCUACCUGCCUUGCGUACAGUCCCGCGGGCGGCGCGUGCGCAUACCCCGAGCUGUUCCUAGGAACGGAGCGGGGUGAUAUCACAUGUAUACAGUUUCUUCAACCACGGGUUUCAUUGCUACACGUUAAGACCCCGGACACUAUUAACUAUUGUUUUUGGAUGGAGCUAAACACCCCCCCUCACAACACGUACUGCGCGGUUCACUCGUGGCGGGCGCACGCGCGAAGCGUCCGGCGCGUCGCGUGCGAGCGAGACGGCGCACUCGUGCUGUCAUGCUCGCUCGACACGACAAUCUCGCUGCGGAUGAGAUACGCGGCUGGCACGCUUGACGAUUACGUGAUUGGCGUGCAUCGGGGUAUCACAUGCUUCCACGCGACGCGGCAGGUGCUGGCGUGCGGCGCGCGCGCGUCGGUGCGGCUGUACGCGCCGGCGCAGCGCGCGCCGCACGCUGAGCUGCCGGCCGCCGCCGCGCUGCUCGACGUGCGCGUGCUGGACGCCGAGAGCCUCGUGCUCGGGUACUGCGCGGAUUGUAGUAUUUACAUUUGGGAUGUUCACGAAGAAUGUUUACUGCAGAAGAUAAAAAUCAAGUUCCCGUUUCUAGGCGUGCUCGGGAAGAAAGUUGAAUUUGGGAAUAGAUGUAUUCAUUUAGGUCCACCAAGACAGAAAGCACAAAGACAAAUAGCAGAAGACGCAAAUAAAUCUCGCAGAGGUUCCAGCGUGUAUGAAGGGUCUACUGGAGGUCUUAUUCUGCAACCUGAGCAUGAAGACGAUUCGGAACAGAAAGGGUUAUACGAAAGAACAGAAGUGCUAUUCACAUGCAGCGACAGUGUAUACAUAUUGCGCUUGCGCGAGUCGCAUGCACCAGCAUCUUCGCACGAGCCGCAUGAUCAACAUCCGCCGCAUGACCAGCACCCGCUGCUUGAUCAGCAUGUGCCGCAAGUGCAGCUUGAACCGUGUGAUCAGCCCUUUCUGGAGGAGCCGCAUCAUAAGCACACGUCCCAAGAGCACUCAUUACAUAAGGAAAUUGCAGCUCUAACGUCUUCGCUUCGCGAGCUGCCCGCUUCGCCUUCGCUACAAGUGCCGACGAUGUCGUUCACACAAACAUAUGACUUGGAUCAGUUGAUCAAAAAUGCAGGCUUAGAAAAUAUUCUGGAGAAAAAUUUCGUUUUAAUGGGAGGAUUAAAGCAUGAUUUGAACAAGAAAUUAUUUGAAAUGGAGGCGAAUGUUGAAGCUCGCAAGGCGGCGGUGAGCGCGUGCGCACCGCACUUGGCGUUGGCGAGCCGCGAGCUAGAUCCUUUGCCGACGUUUGACCGACUCGCCGAUAGAUGUACUGCAGUGCAAAUGUAUUACCCCGGUCCCAGCGUGAAUGUGACUCCAUCGGGAAGCCAAUCUACUACCCCGCGAAAUAAAAUCAAUUAAGAAUUAAAACACCUAGGGAUUUUGCUUUAAGGAUAAAUAUUACAAUGUUUUUUACUCUUAGUGUCGAUA